AUUUGGAGGUGUGGCAGUUUGCAGGUGUAUAGUAGUGUACCCGUUCCUGUGCAACCUGAAACCCCGUUAAAGCCAGAAAUAUGCUGCCACCUGUGAAAAAAGAUCGAGUCAUUACUGAGCUCCCAAAGUGUUUCAGCCCGUACGCCGCACUACACACGAAUGAUGGCUUCCAUCCGGAGGUGAAGGCGGUCUGCCAAGCGCACAAAACUGGCACAGUGGACCUCAACAUUGCCAAGGUGAUCGUGGUGGGUGAUGUUGCAGUUGGGAAGACAUGUCUGAUCAGUAGGUUCUGCAAAGAUGCAUUUGAGAAAAACUACAAGGCAACCAUUGGGGUGGAUUUUGAGAUGGAGCGCUUUGAGGUCCUUGGAGUCCCGUUCAGUUUACAGCUGUGGGACACGGCAGGCCAGGAGCGGUUCAAAUGCAUCGCCUCUACAUAUUACAGAGGAGCACAAGCCAUCAUCGUGGUGUUUGACCUGAGCAGCGCUGAGUCCCUCACACAUGCCAGGCAGUGGCUGGAGGAUGCCAUGAAAGAGAAUGACCCGUCCAGUGUGUUACUGUUCCUUGUUGGAACCAAGAGGGACCUCAGUUCUCCUGACCAGCUGGCGCACACAGAGUGGGAAGCCAUCAGACUGUCUGAGGAGAUCAGGGCCGAAUACUGGGCUGUUUCUGCCAAGUCAGGUCACGGUAUCAGGGACUUCUUUUUCCGUGUGGCCUCUCUCACCUUUGAGGCUAACAUUCUGGCGGAGCUCGAGAAAACCGGCUCGAAGCAAGUCAGUGACAUCAUCAGGCUCACUGAGAGCAUAGAGGAGAAGCAGAAACCGGCGAAGAAGAAAAACAACUGUUGUUGACGGGAGGGGACGGGCUGGGUGGAUGUGGGGUUGUCUCGUCGAGCACAGUGAACUGACAGCUUGGCCAGAACACACCGAGAGGAGAACCAAACCGACUCCACAAAGUGCACCCAAACACAGUGACGGGCUGUUAACACUAGGGUUGUUUUUGUGCUUGUUUUAUAGGGGGUGCUGCAUA